AUGUCCGGAUCUACCAUCCCGACAGGCAGCCUCCCUCGGCCCGGACACCCAAGGCCUGCAGCAACUGCCAUGCACGCAAAGAACGCUGUGAUGGCGGCAGUCCCUGUGCUCGAUGUGCGCGACGAGGGGCGAGCUGCUCACCGUCGAUCUUGUGGCGUCAGUCGCCGACGCAUCCCGGUGGAUCGGCAUGAGUAUAUCAACAUCUACUUCAACAAAUUCCAUCCCAUCUGGCCGUUCCUUCAUCGGACCACCUUUUAUCCAGCUAAGGAACCAUGCAUCCUCCUCCAAUCCAUGUUGAUGAUGGGGUUGUGGAUCAAGGGGGACCGGGAGGCGCGGCACACGGCGAUGCGGUUCCACGACCGACUAUUGUCGGCGAUCAGGGCUCAAAAAGAUCAAUGGCAUGUACCAGAGUCGAUGGGACACCCUGACGAUAGCAGACCAUGGCCCAUGGCGACAUACCAGAGCAUCCUUCUGCAACUGAUAUUCGCCGUGCUGACGGCCAAACCGGAGGUCCAAGUGGACCUGAACUGCCGCUUCCGGCUCCCAGAACCUACCUACGAGCUUCUCACUGCGCUGGUGGCCAUCUGCCGCCGACUGGGGCUGUUUUCGUAUCCGAACAUGCUCGCCCGGCAUCAUUCGACUGCCCCGGUGGCGCUUGUUUGGGUGAGCGUGGAGGAGAUCAAGCGAUUUGGUUUGGCUUUGUACAAGCUGUGCCGUUUAUGCAGCAGCAGCACCUCCUCUAGUCGAGCGAAUACGGACAGUGGUGCGGAUGAGCUUCUGACACUCGCGGACUUGGACUUUAGUAUGCCGGAUAGUGACGACUGGUGGAAUGUUGCCUCAACGACGGACGCCUCGACUCUCCGACACACGGGCUGGCACUCGACAGCCAGGGAUAACCGCAACCCCGGUGGCUGGAUCUCCCAGGCGUCAGCUCAUCUGCCUCCUCCCCCAACACCGCCGGGGCUCCCGGCGCAGCUGGCUCCUCAUCGCAGCAACGACAUCGAACAGGCGCAGAUCAGAAUCUCCGCCCACUACGACACCUCCAACGUGCUGUCCUCCUACUUCCUGUCGCCAGACAUGGACUACUACAGGGAGGCGGUGGAACAGGUCCUGCACGUGAUGGCUAAUACUUCUGACUGCCUUGCACAGUACAACUUUGUCGUGGCAGAGACGAGCUUCCGGUUGCAGCUGUUGAGUACCUUUAGCCUCACGGCGGCGAGGACGCCCGGGUCGGAGGUUAGCGAUGAGUCGUUGCCGUAUGUGGAAGUGUAA